AUGAUCGCAUUAUCAUUUCUCCCCUAUCUCAGGGUCCUCUUUUUCCUCCCCAGUCUCACUCUUGCCGCCUCAGCCACAACAAGCACUUUCACCGAUACUGAUACCGGUAUCACCUUCCAACGAUUCUUCGGCGCCAAAACACAAUUUGGUUUUGGCAUCGCCCUUCCAGAAAACCCCACAACAGACUUUAUUGGUCAAAUGGACUUCCCUACGCCUGCCAAUGCUGGUUGGGGAGGCAUCUCUCUAGCAGACGAGAUGGUGGGCCCCCUUUUGCUCGUGGCCUGGCCGACUGGGAAUAAUGUGACAAGUUCAUUCCGGCUCGCGAAGAAUGAGGAUGAUAGCCCGCCAGUGACCACGGGCAGCUUUGCUGUGUCGCCAAUACCACAGGGAACGAGUGCCAAUGGGACCCAUAUGAAGUUUACCUUUCUUUGCCAGAACUGUAUAGAUGGAAAGUUGGGGUUUGCCGCGGGUGACACGAAUUCAGCGGGUUUUGAGAUGGGGUGGGCGUUGGCGAGUAAGGCCGUUAAAAAUGCGGCUGAUCCGGCAACGACGUUGCCGUUUCAUAACUCUGGAUUUGAGACUUUCCAAGCCCAGCUGAACCUUGCGCGAAGUGCGAGUUUUGGGGAGUGGGCUGCGAUGGCAGGGGUAGCUGCCAGUAACGGGUCGACGACGCCGGUUGCUGCCGCCGCACCUGGGUCAGCGUCAGCUAGUAGUUUUGGGGGUGGUGAUGAUGAUGACGAUGAUGAUGAUGAUGAUGACAGUGAUGAUGAUGACUGA